UUAAAACAUUCACUGUCUUUGACUUUGACAUCCAUCCAACUCCUCCAAACCUUGAAUUGGAUCUCACUCAAACUCUUGUACUCUUUCUUUCCAUCAUCCAUCCAUAACCUCCCAAGAAGAAGAAGAAGGAUUCCACUCAAACACCAUACCAUGCCUUCCUCUGCAUUCACUUCCACAAAGCCCACACCACUCCCAACCCAAGACCAUGACGACCAACACUCACCUUCAUCUUCAUCCAAAGCUCUUCUCUCUUUCAACACUGACUCAUCAUCAUCAUCAUCAUCAUCAUCAUCAUCAUCACCAUCUCCCUCUUCCCACAAAGCCCUCUUCAUCAUCCUCAUCGUCAUCACAUGCAUCGCUCUAUCAUCAUCCUUCGCCUUCGCCUUCCUCUUCUUCUCUUCAAAACCACAACCUCCACCACCACCACCACCACCACCUUCUAUCCUCUCUCGUCCUCUCUCCAAACUCAAACGCCCCGCCCUCAUCUUAGUCUCCUCCGACGGAUUCCGCUUCGGCUACCAAUUCAAAACCCCAACCCCCCACAUUUCCCGUUUGAUCGCAAACGGAACCGAAGCAGAAACCGGUUUGAUUCCGGUUUUCCCCUCUCUCACUUUCCCCAACCACUACUCCAUCGCCACCGGCCUCUACCCCGCUCACCACGGCAUAAUCAACAACCGCUUCAAGGACCCUCUCUCCGGCGAAGAAUUCUACAUGGGUAGCCACGACCCCAAGUGGUGGCUCGGUGAACCCUUGUGGGAAACUGUUGUCAAAAACGGCUUAAAAGCUGCCACCUAUUUCUGGCCAGGCUCUGAGGUAAAAAAGGGUCCUUGGUCUUGCCCUGUUGGUUUUUGUAUCCACUAUAAUGCUUCUGUUUCGUUUGAGGAUAGGGUUGAUGCCGUUUUGGGCUACUUUGAUUUGCCUAGUGAUCAAAUUCCUGAUUUCAUGACGCUUUAUUUUGAGGACCCUGAUCAUCAGGGUCACAAGGUUGGUGCUGAUGACCCUCAGAUUACUCAGGCUGUUGCCAGGAUUGAUACCAUGAUCGGGAGAUUGAUUAAGGGUUUGGAGGAAAAAGGGGUUUUUGAGGAUGUUACUGUCAUUAUGGUUGGUGAUCAUGGAAUGGUUGGUACUUGUGAUAAAAAGUUGAUUUUUCUUGAUGAUUUGGCUCCUUGGAUUGAUGUGAAUGCGGAUUGGGUUGUGACACAUACUCCUGUGCUUGCGAUUCGUCCUCCUUCUGGCUAUGAUGCUAAAGAUGUUGUUGCUAAGAUGAAUGAGGGGUUGAGCUCUGGGAAAGUUGAGAACGGGAAAUUUUUGAGGGUGUAUUUGAAGGAGGAUUUGCCUCGUAGGCUUCAUUAUUCUGCGAGUGAUCGGAUAGCGCCGGUGAUUGGGUUGAUUGAGGAAGGUUUCAAGGUUGAGCAGAAGAGAACCAAGCGCCAGGAGUGUGGCGGUUCGCAUGGUUAUGACAAUGCGGUUUUCUCCAUGAGGACUAUUUUCAUUGGACAUGGUCCUCAGUUUGCUAGAGGGAGGAAGAUACCCUCCUUUGAGAAUGUUGAGAUUUACAAUUUAGUUACUUCUAUUCUCAAGAUAAAGGGUGCACCCAAUAAUGGCUCUGCCUCAUUUGCGCAGUCUGUUCUUCUAUCUGAUGCAUAAACUAUGUGAGUUUUUGUUGGCGAACACUGCACAACAUAUCAGAUGUGGAACAUUAGCGAGUAAAAUAUUUGAUUGCUAGCUGCAUCUGCAUGAUAGAUAAUGUGCUCUACAGGAGUGAUGCGCUCAGAUCAGAAAUAUGAACAUGCUGGAAAAUAGGUAUCACGUGCCUUUGCAUGCGAUCACUGAAAUUAGUCUAUAUGUAAUAAAGGUACUUCCAUCUAUUUAGUUCCAAUUUUGUUUGUUAUGAGCUGUACAAGUAGAGGGAAAGCUUAGCUUUAACAAUGUACUGUAUUAUUUUGGGUCUGUGAGUAAUAUACGAUCACAGGGUCAGGAUUUUAAUGUUCUUGGGAUAGAGUGAGGUCCCCAUUUGGAUCUCUAAUCGCAGAUUGCCUACAAACAAGGAUCCAUGGAUUUUAACCAAAAACUGAGUCCAUCUUUUAGUUGUUUUAAUUUCUCAAUUCUCAUCA